GACGUUGAAAAUGAACAUUUGCCAUGCAUGCGCACGAAUUUUUUCACAUAUUAUAUUUAAGGUCACAAGAUAUUGCAUCUACUAUUUAGCAGCAUCAGAAUUCUCCCUUUUUCAUUUUUUUUCGGAUACAAAAUGUCUAAUUAUCAAGAAAUGCCUGAUGAUCACACUGAGUCUGUCGAAGUUUUAAGAGAACGACUAAACAAUAUGAAGCGAUUAAUGGCUGAAAGAAAUGCACAAGCAAGAAACUCUAAUCAAAGAGUUGAGGAUAUUUGGACAAAGCCACAUCACUCAUCUACUGGAAUAAUUGAUGGUAAUUUUCUAAGUUUAGCCUUUGGAACAGCUUUGCUUGUUAUAAUUACGGUCUCGGUUUAUGCAUUCUACAACUUGUAUAACGCAAUUUUAAAAAAAUUCCCUUCCCGUCAUGAAGAACUUUAGCUCAAUUUUUUAACACAACUAGAUAAAUACAACAUUUAAAACGUAGUUUUUUAACGCAAACAAGAUGCUUUUCGUAAUAUAAAUUAUGAACGCCAUGUACUACUUUUUCCGAAAAGAAAAUGAUAAUUAAACUAUGGUUUCAUAACAUACAGAAACCCGCAUUUUAUUAAUAACUAAACUUCUGUGACGAUACGCGGACUUUAUCUAUUUUUUUUGUCUUAGAAACUAUGUAAUCAAAAGGAAAUACAUAUAAUAUUAAAGAAAAACAU